UACUCACACGUGCCGACAAUCGGUCGACCGGGGCCUUCAGCGAAGCCCGUAUCUAAGGUCACCAGCCGCGGUAGAGUGGUCGAAUGCGACAUAUGCCACAAAACAUUCGAUACUAAAAAUGCAAACACCAGACUCAUGAUCCAUCGCCGCUCCCAUACUGGAGAGAAGCCUUACGCGUGCAAAGUAUGCGAUAAAAGAUUCGCUCAAAGGAGCCACUUAAACACACAUAACGCGUUCCACAUGAAAAAGUUCAGAUUCUCCUGCGAACUAUGUAACGCGCAAUUCGUUCAAAAAAAUCAAUAUGAUGUACAUAUGCGGGGACACACAGGCUCAAGACCGUUUUCGUGUGAAAAUUGCAAAAAAACAUUCUUACAAAAAGGCCACUUAACCCGUCAUAAAAGAAAAUGUGAUCCUAUUCAUGUAGAGCCAGGUGAGGUUACAUGGAAACUAGAGUAUUCAGAUGAAACUGUAGAUUUUACAUGUGAUAUAUGCAAAAAACAAUUUGCAGACGAAAGCGCAUUCAAAACUCAUAAAAAAUCUCAUUCCGGUGAUUAUCCGUUCACUUGCGAUAUUUGUGAAAGGAAAUUUAAUACGCAAUUUGCCUUGAAUAAUCACAAAUUUGACCACUCGGGAGGGAAACCUUUUAAGUGUGAAAAAUGCAAUAAAGGUUAUACAUCAAAAAGUGCUUUAAAUAUGCAUUUGAGAGUUCACACUGAGGAUUACAAGUAUGGGUGCGACGUGUGUAAGAAACGAUUUAUACUAAAGGAGAAUUUAAAUGUACAUAUGCGUGUACAUACGGGGGAAAAGCCUUAUACCUGUGCAACAUGCGAGACGAAGUUUCGCUAUAGAUAUAGCUUAAAGAAACAUUUAUUAGAGAAGCACAAUCAAGUUAUGGACAAACAGUUCCGUUGCGGUAAAUGUGAUAAACGAUUUGCUCUACAGGGGAGUUUAGCUAAACAUAUGGAGAGACAUGCCGACAAAGAAAUAGAAGAUAAAGCGUUAAAGGAAGGGAGGAAAGAGUACAUGUGUGAAAUAUGUAGCAAACAAUUUGCAUCGAAAGGUAUCUUAAAAAGUCACAGAGAGACACAUAAUGAAGAAAAAGCUUUCGAAUGUGAAGUAUGUCAUAAGAAAUUCAGAAGGAAGAAGGUUUUGCAAGACCACAUGAAGGUGCAUGAAGACUUUAAACGGUACUCAUGUGAUGUGUGCGGUGUACAGUUCAAACAUAAAUCUGCCUUAGCAGUUCAUAUUCGACGAAUGCAUUCAACAAUUAGGCCACAUACUUGCGACAUUUGUCAAAAGGGCUUCAAAGUUCUUGCAGGAUUAAAAGAGCACUAUCGUGUACACACUGGCGAGAGGCCAUUCGCUUGUGAAAUAUGCUAUAAGAAAUUUCAGCGCCAUAGUGCAGUUAGGAAACAUCUUAUCAGUGUCCACCACGAGAAACCUAACAGAUUUAUUAAAUUAAAACCAUCGAAUAAUUUAUUAUAACUAAAUCAAAAGCGAAUCGUCGUGUAAAAGAGGAAAAAGAAAAUGGUAAUAGUAUUGUUGAAUACUAUAGUUGUACCUUAGCCAUUAUGUAUUUGAUUGUUAGGCCACGGACUGGAGACAAGCGGAAAAUCAAGACCAUGUAUACAUUGCGCUCAUCCAAAUUUAUGAACGGCUUUGAUUUGCCGCGCGUCGCGUCGCUUGCGUCUAGUCCUGUUUAUAUCGUGUAAAAUUGUAUGUAAGUAAUAAUUGUUAUUUACGAUACAAGUGCGAAUUACAUAUGGCCCUUUAUCCCUUUAAAUUUUCGACGUAGUUACGUAAUGCUUAUUAUAGCACCUGGUGUCGUAAUGUAGCACCUGUACUGUAAAAUAUUAGUUAUUUAUGAUAUAAGUGCGGAAAAUAGGAAAUUCGAGGCCAGUGGAGACCGAAGGGAGUGUU